CAUCUUGGACUGUCCUUGGAAAGUAUUUGAAUCGCGAACAGUUCAAAGUAAUUUCUUCUUUUCUUCUUUCCAUCUUCAGUAACUUAUUCACACGAAAGGCUACUUGUCUCGUAUCCACAAACACGAAAGACAACUCGAAAAGCUUCUCUCAAUUCAUAAUAUCUUUACGAGCAGUUUUAACUGUAUCUUUACCAACACACAAUGUCACACAUGCCUCGCGACCACAGUCCAGCCAUGUCUGACACUCACCCAAACCAGAGCGAUGAGCAGAAGGUCGGGCCUCGACACUCUAGCCCGGUCAUUCGAUUUGUGCUAGAGAAGACAAUCCCUGAGCGUCCGAUCGAACGCGGAAGACAGAGCAGACUGUUCAACGAAGUGGCUGACAUGGUAAACGCCAAUUUCCCUCUCACAACGCCGGUCAAUGUCAGCAGUAUCAAGUACAUCACAAACAUGUACGGCCGGGACCCCAAGUAUGGAAACCGGAAAGGAAAGGUUAUAUACCCUUCCAAAAAUAAGAAGAAUAAUGCACUCGGGGCAGUCAAUGUGCCCUCCAGAAAGAAGAGAGCUCGUUGCCCACAUUGCGAGGGUACAGGAUACCUAGAUGCUGGCAAUGGAAGAGAAGAUAUUGAGCUAGAACAGCCAGAGGGGAAUGGGACUUUUGCUCGUCACUCCCGGAACAACGGAGCACCAAUGGGAACUCUACAGCCAGAACCGGCAGAGCUGGCCGCGCAGAUGGGAACAGGCCCACGACAGAUGACUACCUCGACUCCCGCUGCUGUCCCCAACUCAUAUGCCAUAAUGGCUCAUAGGCCGGGCGGGCCUCAACAGUCUCCCGUAGCUUACCAACAGCCAAGCCCAUACCUGCCACCUACCAUGGGAAACAAUAACAUGUAUGGCGGUGUAAUCGGUAACUCUGGCUACGGGAACGAGCAACUGCCGCUCUCUGCGACCCGGGGCAACGGUAUGGGCAAUAUGAUGGGACAGAGCCCACCCGGUUGGUGGUAUGCCAACAAUCAGAUGGGUGAAGUAAGUCAUUCCUUCAUUCCUAUUAUAAACUAAUGCUAAUUAACAAAAGAACCUACAGAUACCUCUACAAUCACCGACGUACCCAAAUAUCCCCUCAACACAGGGUAUGGUUCCAACCUGGGAUGCGGAAAAUA